AUGUCGAGUCCAGCUGCUACCCAUGAUGUCUUUGCUCAGGAAAAUCACAACGCCGAAGAACGUGAACAGGAAGAACAAGACGAGGAUGUCGAGGGAGAGGAGCUAAAUGCCGAGGAGAAGGAGGAAAAGCAGGAGCAGGAACAUUUCGAUAACCUAGCAGAACUUAGGGAAAACUUUUUUAUCAAGCAUGGGAACAAGAACAUCACUUUUCCCACGACAAAAACAACAUGGAAGCCAGGCAAAAUAUUUUCUGAGCGCAUGAUCGACCAGAUGCAUACCAUAGAAGUCUCCGCUAUGUGUGUGGCUGUUCAGGUGGAAGGUCCUAACUGUGGUUUGAAGGCCAUGUUGAGAAUCAGAAAACAGUUGCCAGCGCAUUACUCAUCCCACGACUUUCCCAUUGAGACAUUCAGCGUAUUGUCACCAGAGGCUACUCAAGAGAAGGACAGCCUCUGUGACCUCACGGAAAAGGGUUGCACUUCCACGCCUAGAUGUAUAGACUAUUUAUUGAAACGGCAGUCCGACGAAGAUAUAUUCCCUGGCGGAUUCAUACUCUACAUAGUCAUGGAGAAAGUUCCCGGUUUCAAUCUGCGGAAUUUCGAAACAUUUUCGCUUGACGAAAGGGAUCAAGUUCGCAUUGCUUUUGCGAAAGCCUUCUAUGAAUUUCUGACCAUGGGAUAUUUUCAUGAUGAUCACUAUCCUCGAAACUUGAUCUGGGACCGAAGGAACAAAAAAGUCUACAUCAUCGACUUGGAAUCAGCAAGGAAAUCAUCUAGGAGCUUUGAACCUAUGUUCAGCAACUACAAAUUUAGGCAAUGGUCUCUAGCAGGGCUCGAUGACCGAAUUGACCCCAUGGUUGUGGAACAUGCAAACUGGUUCUAUCAGAAUAAUAAAUCAUUUCCCACUGAUGAAGAAUGGGUUACGAUACUCGCCAAUUCCAAGGGGAAGCCUUCAAUCUCAGAGAGGAGAUUCAACAACCAUGUUUCCUUCCUUGAAAAGGAGCAGAAGAAAAUAACAAAAUAA